AUAUGGGCUCAUGCCAGAGCAAUGAAAAUUCGGAAGGUAACGCGAGGAACAAAGAAAUUGAAAAACAAUUGAAUGCGGAUAAGCGAGCUGGAAGUAGUAUUGUUAAGCUUUUGCUACUUGGAGCAGGAGAAUGUGGAAAAUCUACAGUUCUGAAACAGAUGCAAAUUCUUCAUAGCAACGGAUUCACAGAAGAAGAAGUAAAUGAAAAACGAGCAAUUGUUUACAAUAAUACUGUUUCUGCAAUGUGCACAAUUUUAAGAGCAAUGGACGGAGUUCUGCAUUUACCGUUGGAAAAUGGACAAAAAGAAGCAGAAAAGGCAAUAGUUAUGAAAGUACAGGAAAAUGGAGAAGAAGGAGAAGCACUGACAGAAGAAGUUUCGAAAGCAAUUCAAUCGUUAUGGGCAGAUCCUGGCGUGAAGAAAGCAUUUGAAAUGCGUAGCGAAUAUCAACUUCCAGAUUCUGCUAAAUAUUUUCUGGAUAAUUGUCAGCGUAUAUCUGAACCUGGGUAUCGGCCAAACGAUCAAGAUAUUCUUUAUUCUCGAGUGGCAACAACUGGUGUCGUAGAAGUUAAAUUUAAGAUCAAGGAGCUUGACUUCCGUGUAUUUGAUGUGGGAGGUCAACGAUCUGAAAGACGAAAGUGGAUCCAUUGCUUUGAUAAUGUCGAAUCUAUUAUUUUCAUUACUGCUAUUUCCGAAUAUGAUCAAGUUCUUUUCGAAGAUGAAACGACGAACCGAAUGAUCGAGUCCAUGCAGCUUUUCAAUUCAAUUUGUAAUUCAACUUGGUUCCUUUCAACAGCAAUGAUUCUUUUUAUGAAUAAAAAAGAUUUAUUUAUGGAAAAGAUUCAACGAGUCAAUAUUACGACUGCAUUCCCAGAUUAUGAAGGUGGUCAAAACUAUGAGGAGGCCGUCUCGUUCAUCAAGCAGAAAUUUGCUGAAUUGAACUUGAAUCCUGAUAAAAAGACAAUUUAUAUGCAUGAAACUUGCGCUACAGACACUAAUCAGGUACAACUUGUCAUUUCGAGUGUUAUUGAUACAAUUAUUCAGAAGAAUUUACAAAAAGCAGGAAUGAUGUAAAAAAACAAUUCGAUUUUUUUUUCAUAAUAACAUAUUGCCUACUCACUCAUUUAAUAGGAUCCGAUUCUGCAAGUAGGAUUCUCCAUAUUUCACUUUUAAUUUUUUGAAAAUGAUACUCUGCCCACUUUUUGAUCUGAAACAAAGUAGGAGUUGGAAAUUUUAAACAGCUAAUGCAAAAGUGAGUCACGAAUUUCCAAUUCUUAAUUUUUUUUUUCAUCUUCACAAUCCUUAUCUGAUCUCAUUUUUUCCUCACAUCCCAAAAAUCACGAAUAUCAUGUGCAACGUUGCAAAUUGUUUUAAAUCAAAUGUUUUUCUCAUAGGGAGCUCCAUAAUUUUUCAACCGAUUAUAACCCUUUACUACUCCAAACUUAGCUAAUUCCUACGCUUUCCCAUUUGUCUACUCCCAUAGUUUUUUUCAGUUCCCCGUCAUCUUCCGUUUUUUUCUUGUCGAUUACUUUUGUCAUUUUUUUAUUUUAUUUCUGGAAACUCAAUUUUUGUGUGAAUGCUGUAAAACAUGCUUCAAAAUUAGAGAUGAACAAUAACGAAUAAAUAAAAUAAA